CCUAAACGAAUCAGAAAGAUGCGGUCGGCAGCAACUCACAGUCAAUAUAAAGCCGACAUUAGGUCUUUCUCGUAUUUUAUUCCGCCAUCACCCUCCGUUCUUCUCCUCUCCCGGCCAAAGGUGAGGCUUAACGGGGACACCAAAAGGGCGAUGCCUCCUCCCUCCUCCUCUUCUCCCGCAUCUUCGCCCCUCCUCCCUCCGCCCCGCGAAGUGAAGUCCGAGAACAGCAGAUCCCCGUUCAAGCUCACCGAAUCCACCUUCUUGGCCUCACUCAUGCCCAAGAAAGAGAUCGGAGCCGAUCGGUUUCUUGAAGCCCACCCUACGUACGAUGGGAGGGGCGUCCUCGUCGCCAUUUUUGAUUCUGGUGUAGACCCAGCAGCUGCUGGUUUGCAGGUGACAUCAGAUGGAAAACCAAAGAUCAUUGACAUACUUGACUGCACUGGAAGUGGUGAUGUCGACACCUCCAAUGUGGUGAAAGCUGAUGUCGAUGGUUCAUUUGUUGGGGCAUCUGGAAGACGUUUGGUUGUGAAUCCUUCAUGGAAGAAUCCAUCUCAGGAAUGGCAUGUUGGAGCCAGAUUAAUUUACGAGUUGUUCACCAGCACACUUUGUUCACGGUUAAAGAAAGAAAGAAAGAAGAAAUGGGACGAAAAGAAUCAGGAAGCAAUUUCAGAGGCUUUAAGGCAGCUGAAUGAGUUUGAGAAGAAGCAUGUAAAAUUAGAAGAUUUGAUGUUAAAGAAGGCUCAUGAGGAUCUUCAGAAUAGACUUGAUUUUCUGAGGAAGCAAGCUGAAAGCUAUGAUGACAAAGGGCCCAUUAUCGAUGUUGUUGCCUGGAAUGAUGGUGAUUUUUGGAGGGUGGCUGUGGACACACAGAGCCUAGAGGAUACUCCUGAUAAAGGGAAACUUGCUGAUUUUAUUCCUUUGACAAAUUAUAGGACUGAACGGAAAUUUGGUAUCUUCAGUAAGCUGGACGCUUGUUCCUUUGUCACAAAUGUUUAUGAUGAUGGUAAUCUCAUAAGUAUAGUAACAGAUUGCUCGCCCCAUGGUACACAUGUUGCUGGCAUUGCAACAGCCUACCAUCCUGAGGAACCAUUGCUGAAUGGAGUUGCUCCUGGAGCCCAAUUGAUAUCAUGCAAGAUUGGAGAUACACGCCUAGGCUCCAUGGAAACAGGAACUGGUCUUACUCGAGCAUUAAUAGCUGCAGUUGAGCAUAAGUGUGAUCUCAUUAAUAUGAGUUAUGGAGAGCCCACUUUGCUCCCUGAUUAUGGGAGAUUUGUUGAUCUUGUUAAAGAGGCUGUAGACAAGCAUCAUCUGAUAUUUAUUAGCAGUGCUGGGAACAGUGGGCCUGCAUUAACAACAGUUGGUGCACCAGGUGGCACCACAACAAGCAUAAUUGGUGUUGGUGCAUACGUUUCUCCUGCAAUGGCGGCUGGAGCUCAUUGCGUUGUUGACCCUCCAGCUGAGGGUUUGGAAUAUACAUGGUCUAGUAGAGGCCCAACAGCUGAUGGAGAUCUGGGUGUGUGCAUAAGUGCUCCGGGGGCAGCUGUGGCACCAGUGCCCACGUGGACUCUGCAGAGGCGUAUGCUUAUGAAUGGAACUUCAAUGGCAUCACCAUCUGCAUGCGGAGGUGUUACACUUCUUAUCAGUGCAAUGAAGGCUGAAGGAAUCAUAGUCAGUCCAUACAAUGUACGGAGAGCACUGGAGAACACUACUAUUUCUAUAGGUGAUGGGGCUGAAGAGAAGCUAACGACCGGCCAGGGGCUUUUGCAAAUUGACAGAGCUUAUGAAUAUGUCCAGCAGUCUAAGGAUCUUCCAUCUAUUUCCUAUCAUAUUACAGUCAAUGAAGCUGGAAAAUCAACUCCAACUUUUCGAGGAAUCUAUUUGAGAGGAGCUAAUGCUUGUGACCAAGCUAGUGAGUGGUCUGUUCAAGUUGAACCCAAGUUUCACGAGGAUGCAAGUAAUUUGGAGGAUUUGGUCCCUUUUGAGGAAUGUGUACAGUUAUAUUCAAGUGAUGGAGAAGUCAUCCGUGCUCCUGAAUAUCUGAUGUUGACACACAAUGGGCGUAACUUCAACAUAGUUGUGGAUCCCGUUGGUCUUGGCGAUGGUCUACACUAUCAUGAAGUUUAUGGCAUAGAUUGUAGAGCUCCUUGGCGUGGUCCUCUCUUCCGGGUUCCCAUUACUAUAAUAAAACCUCUUGCUUCAAUCGGCAGGCCUCCUAUUGUUACCUUUUCAAAUGUCUCCUUUUGUCCAGGUCAUAUUGAAAGAAAGUUCAUUGAGGUGCCUUUUGGAGCUACAUGGGUUCAGGCAACAAUGCGAGCUUCAGGAUUUGAUACAGCUCGAAGGUUUUUCAUUGAUACAAUUCAGAUAUGUCCUUUGGAGAGGCCUAGGAAAUGGGAGUCAGUGGUGAUGUUUUCAUCUCCUUCAGUUAAAUCAUUUGCUUUUCCUGUUAAAGGUGGUUUUGCAAUGGAGUUGACUGUUGCUCAGUUUUGGUCUAGUGGAAUUGGUAGCCAUGAAGCUACUCUUGUAGAUUUUGAGAUCGCUUUUCAUGGAAUAAUUAUCAAUCAAGAGUCAUUGAUGCUUGAUGGAAGUGAGGCACCUGUUAGAGUUACUGCUAGAUCUCUUCUGGCUGCAGAGAAACUUCUUCCUGCUUCUACUUUAAAUAAGAUGAAAAUUGCAUUACAUCCCGUUGAUGCUAACCUCAAAACUCUUCUAACAAACCGUGACAAAUUACCCUCGGGCAAGCAGAUUAUUGCAUUGACUUUAACAUACAAAUUCAAAUUAGAUGAAGGAGCUGAAGUGAAGCCACACAUUCCACUUUUAAACAAUCGUAUCUAUGAUACCAAAUUUGAGUCUCAGUUCUAUACUAUAUCAGAUUCGAACAAGCGUGUCUAUGCAUCUGGGGAUGCCUAUCCGGAUUAUGUGAAGCUUCCUAAGGGUGAAUUCACUCUUCGUCUUCAUUCAAGGCAUGAGAGUAUUCAUAUUUUGGAGAAACUAAAGCAAUUGGUCUUGUUUAUUAAAAGGAAAUUAGAAAGAAAGGACUACAUUCAAUUGAGCUUCUUUUCUGUACCUGAUGGUCCUAUUAUGGGAAAUGGCACCUACAAAUCUUCUGUUUUAGUUCCAGGACAAGAUGAAGCCUUUUACAUUGGUCCGCCAUUAAGGGAGAAGCUUCCUAAGAAUUCUUUACCUGGCGUCAUGUUACUCGGAUCGAUUUCAUAUGAUUCUGUAAACCUGGAAAAUGGUAAAGGUAACCAAACUCAACAGUCACCGAUAUCUUAUAAGAUAUCUUAUCUUAUCCCACCGUCUAAGAUUGAUGAGGAAAAGGGAAAGGAAACAACUGGGGUCACAAAAAGUGUCUCUGAACUCUUAGAUGAAGAGUUAAGAGAUAAUAAGAUAAAGUUUCUUGCGAGCUUAAAGAGAGAGACCGAUGAAGAAAUAUCUGCAUGGAGUGCACUCGCUGAUUCUUUUAAGAUGGAAUAUCCAAAUUAUACGCCAUUACUUGCAAAGAUCUUGGAAUGCCUAGUCUCUGGAAACCCUGAACAGGACAAAAGUUGUCAUAAUAAAAAGAUUAUUAAUGCUGCUAAUGAGGUGAUUGAUAGCAUUGACAAAGAAGAGCUGUUGAAGUUUUUGUCUUUAAAGUCUGAUAGUGAGGAUGAAGAGGCUGAGAAACUAAAGAAAAAAAGAGAAGUUACUCGGGAUCAAUUGGCAGAGGCAUUAUGCCAGAAAGGACUAGCUCUUGCAGAUGAAGAGUCAUAUAUGGUUGAGCAGCCUAACACAUCCGAUGUUACUAGUGAUAUACCAGAUCUUUUUGAAGAAACAUUUAAAGAACUAAAGAAGUGGGUGGAUGUUAAGUCUAUAAAAUACUGCAUGCUUUUGGUUGUACGGGAGAGGCGCUGUGGAAGAUAUGGAACCGCUUUAAAGCAUCUGAAUGACAUGAUUGAGGCUGAGGGAGAACCAGCAAAGAAGAAGCAAUAUGAAUUGAAACUUCAAUUACUUGAUCAGAUUGGAUGGACUCAUGUGGCUUCCUAUGAGAGAGAAUGGAUGCAUGUCCGUUUUCCUGCCACCUUGCCUCUUUUUUGAUUUUAGUUCACAUUUGAUGAUUUACUUCAAUUACUUGAUCUUAUUGUUCGCACUAAUAAGCUUGUGUGUCACAUGACUGUAUUUCACAUGACUCCACUAAUGGUGUAUUUUGUUCAUCAAAUGAAUGGGGAAAAAAAAUAGUUAUUCUUUGAUGAAGUUCCUAACUAA